AUGCCCUACAAUAGGGCUUUCUAUACUUUAGCAAAUUAUUUGGGUAUAGUGCCUGAAUACGAUGCCCUCAGAGGAAAGCCAAGUUCCCCCUGCAACAGAAUCUACAGAUUCGCUUUAUUCGCGUUCACAGUUGUAGGUUCAGUGUACAAUGUAUAUGGUGACUUCGCGUAUCGCUUUCCGAAUUUACAGACAAACGUCAUCGUUCUGAACUGCCUCUUCAAAUUCGGAACGUACUUCAUUUGCACCUCAACAAUCCUAGGUGCUUUAUUAUGGAACCAAGAGAAGUACAAGGAUUUCUUCAGGAUCAUGAAUUCGGUGGAUCAAAGGCUUUACAUGAAAUCGAAUAAGGAAUCCAUGAACCUGGAAACGGCCACCAUCAAUAUCUUAAUGAUAACCGUUAUAGUGUUGGAGAUUUACGUGCAGGUUUCCAUACAUGGUGUGAAUCUGCUCCAAUACUCAAUCUACGAAUAUUUCCAAUCUUUAUUUAUGACCAUCUCUUGUUUAGUCCAGUAUAAUUUCUUACUAUCCGUAGUCAUACGUUUGAAUCAUUUGAAUGUUCUGCUGGAAAAGAAGUUGCAGGUUGUUGGAAAUGAAGUGGAACAUACCAAGAAGAAAUACAAGUGGUUUACAGAUCGAAGCAUAGAAACAGCUCCACAAAUCUAUACAUCAAUCACUGAACUGAUAGAUAUAUUCAAUAACAUCUUUGGUUGGAAAAUAUUUUACACGACUAUAAGAACAAUAGUACAGAUUUUAUUAAGUAUGAAUAACAUCAUCAUUUAUGGAAUCGAGAAAUCUACAAUAAUGAGCGACUACAAAUAUUUUAACAUAGCUGUUUACGUCCUUUGGCUUAUGAUGGAAAUAAUAUACUGCGUUAUUCUAGCUUCUGGAGCCAACAAAAUCUUGGAUAAAAGCCAAGAAACACUCUUGAUUUCCUACAAGAUCCUGUGUCUCCUUCCAGUGGAGACCAACUGCAACGAAAGGACAAACCUCAACUUCCUGGUGCAAGAGAUAUCCUUCCGACCGUUAAUACUAUCAGCUGCUGGCUUCUUUACCAUAGAUUACACAAUGGUUCUUACCAUCAUAACAUCAGUAGCUUCCUAUCUAAUCGUUGUAAUACAAUUCAAUUAAAUACUAAAUUUAAACAUUAACAAUGUAUAACAAAUAAAGGAAGUUGUAGGCGUUGUCUGAAAUAUUAUCAAGCAUAUUUUGGAUCUUCUGUAUUUCCAACAUAUCACCGAAAUCCAUUUUCACAA